AUGGAGGUGACAAUGGGACACGGAGGUGACAAUGGAGGCUGGGAGGUGACAGUGGGGACUGAGGAGGUGACAAUGGAGGCUGGGAGGGGGACAUUCCUGGUGUACAAGGACGGGGACGUGUCCCACCCCUCGGUCCGGGAGCGUCUGUGGCUCAACAGCGACUUCAACUUCGACAACGUCCUGGCGGGGAUGAUGGCCCUGUUCACCGUGUCCACCUUCGAGGGGUGGCCCGCGCUGCUGUACAAGGCCAUCGACGCCAACGCCGAGAACCAGGGCCCCAUCUACAACUACCGGGUGGAGAUCUCCAUCUUCUUCAUCGUCUACAUCAUCGUCAUCGCCUUCUUCAUGAUGAACAUCUUCGUGGGCUUCGUCAUCAUCACCUUCCGCGCGCAGGGCGAGAGCGAGUACCGCAACUGCGAGCUCGACAAGAACCAGCGGCAGUGCGUGGAGUACGCGCUGAAGGCGCAGCCGCUGCGCCGCUACAUCCCCAAGAACCGCACCCAGUACCGCGUGUGGGCCAUGGUCAACUCCACCGCCUUCGAGUACAUCAUGUUCGUCCUCAUCCUGCUCAACACCAUCGCCCUGGCCGUGCAGCACUACGAGCAGUCCAAGCCUUUCAACUACGUGAUGGACCUGCUCAACAUGGUGUUCACGGGGCUCUUCACCGUGGAGAUGGUGCUCAAGAUCAUCGCCUUCAAACCCCGGCAUUACUUCUGCGACGCCUGGAACACCUUCGAUGCGCUCAUCGUGGUGGGCAGCGUGGUGGACAUCGCCGUCACCGAGGUCAACAACGGGGGCCACGUUGGUGAGAGCUCCGAGGACAGCUCCCGCAUCUCCAUCACCUUCUUCCGCCUCUUCCGCGUGAUGCGCUUGGUGAAGCUGCUCUCCAAGGGCGAGGGCAUCCGCACCCUGCUCUGGACCUUCGUCAAAUCCUUCCAGGCCCUGCCCUACGUCGCUCUGCUCAUCGCCAUGAUCUUCUUCAUCUACGCCGUCAUCGGGAUGCAGACCUUCGGGAAGGUGGCGCUGCAGGACGGGACCCAGAUCAAUCGCAACAACAACUUCCAGACCUUCCCCCAGGCUGUGCUGCUGCUCUUCAGGUGUGCCACGGGGGAGGCGUGGCAGGAGAUCAUGCUGGCCAGCCUGCCGGGCAAACGCUGCGACCCCGAGUCGGACGCGGGCCCGGGGGAGGAGUUCACCUGCGGCAGCAACUUCGCCAUCGCCUACUUCAUCAGCUUCUUCAUGCUCUGCGCCUUCCUGAUCAUCAACCUGUUCGUGGCUGUGAUCAUGGACAACUUUGAUUACCUGACCCGCGACUGGUCCAUCCUGGGCCCGCACCACCUGGACGAGUUCAAGCGCGUGUGGUCCGAGUACGACCCCGCAGCCAAGGGCCGCAUCAAGCACCUGGACGUGGUGACGCUGCUGCGCCGGAUCCAGCCCCCGCUGGGCUUUGGGAAGCUCUGCCCACACCGUGUGGCCUGCAAGCGCCUGGUGGCCAUGAACAUGCCCCUCAACUCGGACGGCACCGUCACCUUCAACGCCACGCUCUUCGCUCUGGUCCGCACCUCCCUCAAGAUCAAGACGGAAGGGAACCUGGAUGUGGCCAACAAGGAGCUUCGGGCUGUGGUGAAGAAGAUCUGGAAGAGGACGAAGCCCAAGCUGCUGGACGAGGUCAUCCCCCCGCCCGAGGAGGAGGAGGUCACCGUCGGGAAGUUCUACGCCACCUUCCUGAUCCAGGACUAUUUCCGCAAGUUCCGGCGGCGGAAGGAGCGGGGGAUGCUGGGCGCCAACGCAGGCCCCAGCAACGAGUGUGCCCUGCAGGCCGGGCUGCAGACGCUGCAGGCGCUGGGCCCUGAGAUGCGCCGGGCACUGAGUGACCUGGAGGGGGACGAGGGCGGGGACGCCCCUUCGGAGGAGCCGCUCACCUACGCAGCCCCCGAGACCCUCUACGGCUCCGCCCCCGGCUCCCCCCUGCUCUCGGAGCCGCCCCCCAUCCCCAGCCCCGCGCCCACCGAAGGGGAGGACCCCGCGCCCCCCUCCCACGGGGGAGCCCCCCGCCCUGGCGGCAGGCGGAGCUCCGACGGGGGGGACCAGGACGAGGAAGGCCCGGCCGAGGAUGUGGAGGAGCCGGGAGGGGACCCGGGGGACGUCAGCCACGACGAGGAGCUGGAGAGCUCAGCACCGGCCCGGCGCCGCUGGGUCGGGGACAGGGCACCGGGACCCCCGCGCUGGGCGGCGGAGCUGCCCCGGGGGGGGUCUCUGCCGCUGCCCCCCCGGCACUUCGCGUUCGGCAGCGGCGCUCGCGAGGGGCAGCAGCUGAAACGGCGGCGGCUCCUGCCCCCCACCCCCGCGGGUCGGAAGCCCUCCUUCACCAUCCAGUGCCUGCGGCGCCAGGGUAGCUGCGAGGACGAGCCCAUCCCGGGCACUUACAACCCCUCGGGCCCGCCCGGUCCCGCCCGCCCGCAGGGCUACGGCAGCUCCGAGACCUGGCGCUUGGGGGGCUCCUCGCAGGCCUGGGCGGCCCCGGCCCGCGGGCACGUUCUGUACGCGCCGCUGAUCCUGGUGGAGGGGGCACCGGCGGCGGCGGCGGCGGGCGGCAGCCUGCCCCCCCUCAACCGCUGGUACCCCCCCGCGCCGCUCCGCCUGCGACCCUGCGGGCCCCACGAGGCCCUGGCCCGGGGCUCGGCCGACAGCCUGGUGGAGGCUGUGCUGAUCUCGGAGGGCUUGGGGCUCUUCGCCCGCGACCCCAAGUUCGUGGCGGUGGCCAAGCGCGAGAUCGCGGACGCGUGCGACAUGACCAUGGACGAGAUGGAGAGCGCGGCCGCCGACCUGCUGACCCGGCGCCGCGGCCCGCCCGCGCCCACGCCCGCCGUCUACAGCGACGAGGAACCGCUGCGGGGGCCGCCGGCCGAGGAGGAGCUGGCCGACGAGAUGGGCUGGGCCGGCGGCGUCUAG